AUAAAAAUCCUAACAAUGAACACUUGGCUUGUUAUUGGGACACUGCUUUUUUUGAGCGGAGCUACCCAAGCAGAUUCAGCAACGUUCUGCAAUGACGGCUUUUGCAACCGUCCCAAUUCUACCACCACCCAAAGACCCGGCAAUACAACUACUCCUGCGCCAUCUCGUAACAGAUGCAAUGGAAUGCCCGAUGAAACGCUGUUCCCCUCAAUCACUGAUUGUGCUUAUUUUGUGACGUGUCAGGGUGGAUUAGAAAUGGAACUCGAGUGUCGCCCAGAAGGAACAUUAUUUGAUUACGAGCGUCUAGUCUGUGAUCAUCCAGAGAAUGUCCAAUGUUACGAACACGAUAGGUGCUCCACGGAAGAAGAUGGUCGAAUCCUCCCAUCGAAAAUAUGUUCGAAUUUUUUCAUCUGUCGUAAUGGUGUAAAAAGCGAGGAGAUAACCUGCGUACCCGAUGGCACCCUGUUUGACUACCAACGUGGUGUUUGUGAUCAUCCAUCCAACGUUGUGUGCUGGGGUUCAUCUAGUCCAAAUUUGUGUGCAGGAAAACCGGACGGAGCCUUGGUGCCAUCAGUUGAAUGUUCAAAUUUCUUCGAGUGUAAAGACGGACAGCAUGGCGAAGAAAUAACGUGCCUUCCCGCAGGAACCGUUUUCGACUAUCAACGAGAAGUUUGCGAUUUUCCAGAAAAUGUAGUUUGCUGGACUCCUGGAGGUGAAUCCACUACCGGGGCACCAACCAGACCACCGCGCCCAGAAGAUAUUCCACACGAUAUCUGCCGAGGGGUUGUGAUUGAUGCUAUACCCCAUCCCAGCGAUUGCACCCAAUUUAUUGUAUGCGUUCUUGGGCAACCCACAGUUGAACAGUGUCCACCAAAUUAUAUUUUCUACCCGUUGUUUAGGGUAUGUGGUUACGGAAAUACAGAAACCUGUGAGAUCGAUUCACGUUGGGUGGAGGAGUAUCUUAAAGGGCAGGGCCGCAUAGAGGAUUUUGAGUUAUAUUAGAAAGCGUUAACAUUAUUUCAAA